AUGGCGGGCAGGCUGCAACACACGCCAUUGCGACGUGCAGACGGUGUGCGAGGCGCGGGGCGCGGACGUCAAGGGCGGCUCGGGCCGUUUGGGCUGUGGGUGCUUGCGUCCGACGAGCUCAAGGAAAGGGUGGCGGUCUUCUUCAGGGUGUUCAAGGACGGCGACGCCGGCAAGCACAUCGUGCUCAUGUGCAACGAUCCCUCCAGGUCGUCCUACGCCGACCACCUCUACAAGCCAAGCUUCGCCGGCUUCAUCGACAUCGACAUCCUCGAGACCGGCGGCAAGAUACCUCUCAGAACCUUGAUCGACCACUCUAUGGUGGAGAGCUUCGGAGGCCACAUCAGAAUGAGCAUAUUGUCGAGGGUCUACCCGAUGCAGGCCGUCAGCAACAAGGCGCGCCUCUACGUGUUCAAUCACGGCGAGUCAGACAUCAAGGUUACGCACCUAAAUGCGUAUGACAUGCGUUCUGCCAAGAUCAGCACGGACAUCGACCAAUACUAA